UUCACUGUAUAUUCAACAAAGACCUGACUAAAUUGCCUGCAGAGAUGUUCUGUAACCUGAUGUUGGCCUGCUCUGUUCUUCUGCUCUCCUGCAGUCACCUGUUGGCACAUCCUGUCACAAACACAGCUGAGAUGACCUACAGCAGCCCUGAUUCAGUGGAAGAUGCUGGAGUCGGUACGGAUGAUUUCAUUGAUUUCCUGCAGAGGGCAACAGUAGGACAUUCACCACUGCUCACCAGAGACAGUUUCAAAAUGUCUGGACAGAUUCCUUUAAAAGAGGUUCUGGUUGAGAAACCAUAUCGCCUAAUGCCUGCCAGUUCUCUCUGGAGUAGCAGGAGACAGUUCAGGAAGAGAGGAAGUGCUGCUGACUGUUUCUGGAAGUAUUGUGUUUGAGAAAUAUGUGAGCAAGGACAUAAAGAGGAGAGUUACAGGACUUCUUUUUCGAACACAUACACAGUAUAACACACUUAUUUGGUACUCAUAUCUUAUGGAAGGGCCCAUUAGCCAUCAACUUCCCAUUGGCUUUAUUGCUUUUAAGAAUAUAAAUACUAAACUAAUUAUAUUUUCUACCCCUAAGGACAUUUUUAUACACACAGUGUACACCCCCCCACACACGCACGCACGCACGCACACACAC